AUGGUUGGGAGGGAAUUGAAGAAGUUGAAGAGAGGAAUGAAAAAUGAAUUGAAAGAGGUUGUUGGUAUGAAUGUUGCAAAAGUAGCCAUUAAAGGUGGAGCUGUACACGUGCGAAGGUGCCCAAGUUUGAAGUAUCGGAGUUGGAGGGAAAAUGAGAUGAGAGAAGGUGAAGGUGGUGGUGGCGGAGGUGGAGGUGGAGAUGGAGGUGGAGAUAGGCUAAUACCAUAUUCGUCGGCGUGA